GGUUGCUUGCUGCUGGUGGUGCGAUAGCUGCUGUUGCUUCAACGGCAUCACCGCAAUGCAGUCAAUGUCGUAGAUUAGAGUGAUUUACGGUUGUUGAGCGGUGAUUGAACGGACAAAACGCGCUCAACUGUCGACGAAUGCGGAACGCGCGAUUAUUAUCCGGCCGAAAAAGGAUUUCUGAAGUUUAACUGUUUUCCUGCAUCAAACGCGCGUUUUCAAAUAUUAAAAAAAGAUUAAUUAAGCAGUACUAAUUAUUAAAAAUUAAUUAUAAAAAUUAAACCAAAAAGAUUAUGUCCAUACAAGUUAGUGAACGCGUGACAGCCUCGCCGCCGCAUUCGCUUGUAGCCGCCGCAAAUAGUGCAGGUACCGUUAGUCAUAGCAGCGUCGGCGGCAGUGGCAAUAAACAGCAAUGCAGUACAAUUGUUACCGCAAAGACACCGUUCUCUAUCGAACAUAUUUUGUGUCACAAUUUAAACAACAACAACAAUAAUAAUAAUGGUAAUAACCACAACAACAAUAGCAAAGUGAAAACUGCAAUUGGAAAGUGUGCCAAAAAUAAUUGUGAUAGUGAGAAAUUGCGACAGCAACAACCGUCGCAACAACAACAACAACACCAUCAGAAACAUUCACCCAUACAUGCAUUGGAUGACAACGAAGAAUAUACACGAAUUCUGGCGCAACAACGCUUCAAACCGAGCGAACGUGCAAAUUUGUCCGGCGCUUUGAUCGCACCCUCUUCAAUAUCAUCCGCUUCGUCCGCCUCACUGUCAUCGCCAACCAUACUAACUAAUGCAACACAUGGAAACCAAGGCAACAUCAACAACACAACAGCCCCGAUGCCAACACAUCAAAUUAGUCCACCGACAAGCAACUAUUUACCGCAAGCAGCACAACAAGUGUCCACAGCACCGCCACCACCACCUCCAUCACUACCGCCGCCACCGCCACAACAUCCACAUCCAGCUUCGGUAUUGUACCCAAGUGCGGCAUACAGUGACCAUGGUUUCUUGCAGAUGACGCUGGGCUACUUGUCACCCUCGUCGGGUGCCUACAAAUCAGUGGACCCUUAUUUUCUAUCGCAGGCAAGCCUCUUCGGUGGUGGACACCUCUUUGGCGGCGCCGGUUGUGUACCCGAGCUGGCUUUAGGCUUAGGUAUGGGUGUGAAUGCGUUACGUCACUGCCGUCGCCGUAAAGCGCGUACGGUCUUCAGCGAUCCACAGUUAUCGGGAUUGGAGAAACGUUUCGAAGCUCAACGGUAUCUCUCGACUCCGGAACGUGUGGAGUUGGCAACCGCUUUAGGUCUGAGUGAGACACAGGUGAAGACAUGGUUUCAGAAUCGUCGUAUGAAGCAUAAGAAACAGCUGAGACGACGGGACAAUACGAAUGAACCCGUUGACUUUUCUCGUUCGGAAGGCAGCGGCAGCAGCAGCAGUCACAGUGCAAAGAGCAGUAAUAAUGCGACGCUAACGAAUGCCAGUAGCCACACCACCAACAAUAACAAUCACAUGCAACAGAGUGGCAGCUCAAAUAGUAGCAAUAAUGGUGCUGACAAUAUUAAUGGCGUUGAAAAGGCAUUUGCUGCGCAGGCUUAUGCCCGCGAACAGCAACAGCAACAACAACGCGCAGCGCAUCCACAACAAAGCAUACUCCCACACGCGCAGACACUUCCAACACACUUGCAAUUACGUGCUAACAGCAAUACUUGUAAUAAUGGCAGCGACUCGCUGGAUGAUGGCACGCACUCCCAACUGCUGCAUGGCGGCCACAAUGUUGCGUCGCAUCAGCAACAUUUACAAAUGUUGCGCAACAUUUCGGGUGGUCAAUUGGAGAAUGCCAUGGGCUUUCUGCAGCAUGAUUACUCCACGGACGAUUAUUCGGAUGUGGAUGAUGACGAGGAGGAAGAUGAUGACGGGAGCGACGUGGAUAUUGUGGGCGAUGCGAAACUCUAUCACUUGACAUAGUGCCAGUAAAAUAGUAACGGAUGUGAGAGGGGGAAUGUAAUUGAAAUUAGAAAAGAACGCGAGUUUAAACUUCCAGUGCUGGAUUUUAAAUAGGAAAGUAUAAUAUUUUUUCCAAAUUCCUGUAAAUAAUUGAUGUACGAUAGAACACUAUAAGUUUUAGAAUAAAAAUAGCAAUAUGAAAUUAAAAUUCGAACUCGCUGGUGCAGACAUCGCUAAUACAUUUUUUAUCGAUCUUGCCUUAGAGGAAGUGGCGGAGCCAUAAGCAAAAUUCUCGAUUCAUCUGCUUUUCCACCAGGCAGUGCCUAAACACUGGGUAUCUAAAUGUGGUAAACAAAUGGGCAUAUAGAAAUGUAAGGCAUCGGUAGCCUUAUACUGUUGUAGA